GAAAAUGUAAGAAGCUAGAUAACUCCUAAUUUCUAAGAAAUAUGAUGAAGCAUUUAUAAAAUAUACUCAAUUACUUCUUGCUGAAGAUAUAGAUGAUAAUAAUAAAUCAAUUUGUGCUUUGAAUUGUGGAAUAUGCCUAAUAAAUAAAAACAAUCCUAAAUAGGCAAUUGAAUUUAUUGAUAAAUCUAUUACAUAUAAUUCAAAAUAUGUCAAAGCCUAUUAUCGUAAAGCCUAAGUCUUAAUUUAAUUAAAACAAUAUGAAGAAGCUUUAUAGAUUAUUUCUAAUUUAGAACCCUGUUAAGAAGUAAAUGAAUUAAAAGAAUUGGUGAAAAUGUAAUUUAGUGAUCCUAUGUAUGUAAUUGAUGAUUUAAAGAAUUGUGCUACUGAAAAAGAUGCAAUAAAAUUCUUUAAUGAAUUAUAUAGCAAAUCAGAUUAUAUUAAUUAUGAAAAAUUAAUGAGGGAAAAUGGAUUUUGUUAACAAAUACUCAAUUAAUAAUUCAUCUUCUAAUAAAUGAAAUACAUUUAAUAUUCUUUUAUUAAAUCUUAAAUGUAAUACUUACCUAAGUGGUUAUAAGAAUAUUUAAUAACCAAUUUUGAGUUUUAUUGUAAAUCUACAUAAGAAUCAAAGAUUUAUGAAUUAAUUAACAUAUAUUGUUCAUUAUUUUCACAUUUUCAAAUCAAUUAAUAGGUUUUAGGAUUGAUUUCUGAAAAUUAGUAUUUUUUCUUAGAAAAACAACUUAAAUGCACUGUUUAAUUAUUUGUAUAAAAUAAUAAUGGAAAUGUUACAGAAGAAUUUAUUGUGAUGAUAGCAAAUUACGCAAAAAAAGCUGAAGAUUUUGAUACAAAUACAGAAAUGUAUUAUUUAAUAGUUGAUCUAAUUAUUUUACUUACAAAAUAAAAGGUAAUACAUUUUGGUUUUUUAAAGAGAGAUACUUUUAGAUAUUAAGAUUUAUUACUGUUAAUUGGAAUAAUAAGUAAUAACUAACUUGAAUAGAUAAUGAAAACAUAUACAAAUUUGCCAAUAAAAUUAUUAAAUACAAUUGAAAAAAAGUUAAAUAAUUUAAGAUAUAUAAAUAUAAUAAAUUAGAUUUUAAUGAUGACUCUGAGCAAUAUUGAAUUUAAUUAGGAAAUAAAUGAUCAUUCAGUUAAGUUAUCAGAAACAUUGUUAGAGUAUGUUUAAGAAUAUAGAAAAAGUUAGUAGUUUAAUUAGAAUAUAAAAAAGUUUUGUUUGCUUUUUUUACUUUAGAGCAAGGGUAAAUAUUUGUAAUUGUAUGAGUAUAUUUAUAAAGCUGAUUGUGAGAUUUUAUUGUAACAUAUUUUUGAAGAUAACAAUAUAGAAAUUGAUGAAUCAAUUGUACUAUUGUAAUUUAUAACUUAAUUUGAUGAUAUAAAGAUUAUGAUAAUGCAGAAGAGAGAAUAGCUUAAGAAGAUUUUUAAUAAUAUAAAUAAUUAAUUUAAAUUAGAAGGAAAAACAUCACUUUAGAAGUUAAGAUAAUAUUAGAUUUUGGUUGGUUAUUUUAAUAUUUUAUUAUAAUUGACAACAGAUAGAUCUGCUGAAUCAAAAGAAGAAUAGAAGUAGAGAUUUUAGAUUAGUGAUGAAGAAUAUGAAUAAAAUCGUAAUUUUGCAAAAUAGUAUUAAUAAGAUAUUUCUGAAAAAUAUUUUACUUAUACUAAUCAAUAUAUAACGAAAGAAAAGAUAAUAGUGUUUAUCGCACUUGAAAUGAGAACAAUUUAAUUGUUAUCAUCAUUUAUAUUUUAAUAUUAAGAUAUUUUAAACAAUGAAAAUGUGAUAUCAAAAUUACUUACUUAAUUUAGUUGUGAUGAUUAGGUUCAUCAAUAUUUAUUUGAUAAAUAAUGUUUAAAAUUAGUAUCGAAAUCAAUAUUAUAAAAAAAUGAAGUAGGUAUUCCUUAUUUAUGUAAAUAAAUGAGAAAUGCAAAUCCUGAAUUAUUUGAUUUUAAAGAAGCAUAAUUAAUAUGUGAUGCUCUAUUUGUUUGUGCUUAGAAUGCAACACAUGAAUUGUUAACAUUUUAUGCAUUGUUAGGAAUAGUAUAAUUAACAUCAUUAGGUGAUUUUAUAGUAGAUAGAAUAAUUGAUUAAAAAUAGUAUAUAUAGAUAUAGAGUUAAUUAAUGGAUGAGAAUAAUUAUAUAGUGCAUGCUAGUUUAGAGAUUUUUAAUAAUAUUUCUUUGAAUGAAAAGUUUUUGGUUCUUUUGGAAGAUAACAAAUUACCAACAUUUCUUUAAUUAGUAUAAGCAUUGACUAAACAAUUCUAUGAGAAUAUUAAUGGAAAGGAAGGAUAGAAUAUUUAAGAUUUUAGUCAUCCUAAAUAAAUAUUGUAAACAUUAUUAGGAUUGAUUUCAAUAAUCUCAUAAGUAUUAAUAGUUUAAGAUUAUUUUAAAAAAGAAUUACCUUUACUUAUAGAUAAAUAAUUUUAUGAUAGAAUAUUAUAAUAUUCGAAUGAAAAUUAAUUAAGAAAAGUAAUAAUUAAGAAAUAUUUGAUAGAUUAAGAUAGUUUGGGAAGAGUAUGGAUACAAACAUAAUUGA